AUGGAGCUUUUAUAUGUGACUGAAGGAAAGGACGGCAAAGUUGCCUUCCCAGGAAGUACUUAUCAUACUAAAGAAUUGACGGAAGAGCUAGAUUUUCAGAAGCGUAUUUAGUGAGGCCAAUCCUGAUGACCUUUGAAAGCUCCAUUAUGAACAGGGAAAGAUGCUCCAAAAAGUGAGAAUUUUCGACAAAGCAGUUGAAUGAUUUAAUUAUGUCAUCACAGAAUCCUUGAAAGAUAUCAGAGCAGUAGGCGUCGAUGUCUAUGCAUACAAAUGCUACCAAGCAAAAGCAGUGAUUCACUUUGACAUCUUGUGCUUUAAGACUGCAUUUGAGUGCCUUGGCAAGGCAGAGGGCAUCAUCCAAGAACUCUAUGAAAGAAAAACCGGGAACCCCUCCAGACAGAUGCUUGAGCACAGGAAGAUCGUGUCUAGGUAUUACAGGAAGUUCCAAAAAUUUGAUAAAGCUCUUGAAAUUUUAAUGGAUGUUUAUAAAACCGAAAGAAAGAUCUACACAAAUGUCACCAACGAAGAAGACCAGGUCGAAGAUGAACACAAGGAAGAGGAAAAGCAAGAUGCUGAAGAAGCAGGUGAAGAUGACCAAAAAGUUGAAAUUUUGGAAGAAGUCAAAAUUGAGGAAGAAGUAGUCGAGAAACCAAUUGAAGAUUCUGAUGUUGAUGGUGAUGACUUGGAUAAAGAUAUUAAUUUGAGACUCGGUCAGACUAUGAUCCAGAUCAUGGAGAUUCAUGCACUCAAAAAUGAUAUCAAGAAAGGACUUACCUUCAGAAAUGCGGCUGAAAAAUAUAUCUUAGCAGCAACUAAAGGAGAUAAGAAGAACAAGCAUUACAUUAAAUUCUUGCAAGCCUCAGGUCACAUGUUUUUCAAAUCACAGGACUCUAAGGAUAUCUCAAAGGCUUAUGACUUCUAUGAUGAGGCUAACAAGUUACUUGAAGAGGUCGUUGGUAACAAGAGCAUCGAUUACUUGCUAUCCUUCGUAGAUAUCGGAGAGGUCUAUCUCUAUCAGAGAGAUUACGAGAAAGCUGACGCUUUCUUGACAUUCUGCAGAGAUGAGACUAUUAAAUACUAUGGUGAGAGAAGUAUCUACCUCAACAGAGUUAACUCAGCCCUGAUUGAGGUUCAUGCUGAAACUAAGGAAAGCAGAGGGGAUAUAACAUUUAAAUACUCCAUGGACAAUUUGGACAUUGCUAUUGAGCUUUAUGGCGAAAUGUCUAUUUUCACUCUAGGAUUCUACAUGAGCGGAGUUUCUGCCAACUCUACCAGAGGAAAUUAUAAUGUAGUCAAUAAUAUCCUCAACAAGAUGGGUCAGAUCUUGGAGAUGUCUGGGGAAGGAUACAAUGGAAACCAGUAUUUCUUCCUAUCUAGUAUUAUCGCUGGAAUGAUCGCCUCACAAAGCAAGGACUUUGAGAAAGCAGUCAUGCUUUUCAGCUCUACUUUGAGAAGACAACUUGAGUAUGUUGGACUUGAGAAGGACCAUCCCUUUUUAGAACAGACUUACUACCAUCUUGCUAUGUUAUACAACAGAGCUGGCAAUUUGAACCGGAGUCUUGUCAUGUGGAACAGCGCUCUGGAAGUUGGCAAGAGGAAAUACGGAGAGAACAGCUAUCUGCUUGCUACUAAUUAUAAAAAUAUUGGUGUAUGUGAGAUUGGCCUGGGCUUAAUUAAUGAAGCUAUUAAGAAUCUUGACAAAGCCAAGAAUCUCUGUAAGAGCAAGCUAGAUACCACAGAUAAUAAAAUAGAAAUCAAAGCUGAGCAAAGAGAACUAGGAGAGAUUUAUUACAACCUCUAUCUUGCCUAUGUUUCUAAGAGCGAUUGGGAUGGUGCAAUCAGUGCUAACGAACAGUCAUGUCAGUAUAAUUUAUUAGCACUUGGAGAAGACGACUACAAUGUAUCCAACAGCCAUUACCUAGGAGCCCAGAUUUAUUUAAAGAAACUCCAUUUAGAUGAAGCUCUCCACUACGCCACUAAAGCCAAUGAGAUUAUCGACAGAAAACCCGAAAGAGAGCCCUUGCUUUUCGUCAGAUACAGAUUCCUAAGAGCAAAACUGUAUAAAAAUCUUGAGAAAAAUGAAGAAUCGCUCAAAGAUCUGGACGAAGCAAUACAAGUGUCUGAAAGUUACAAAAGACUUUAUGCCGAAGAAAUCGAUCUGAAGAAAUUCAGAACUGAUUUAAUCUCCACGCUUAGUGAGGAAGAAAGAGCUUCCUUUGGAAUAGACAUGAAGAAAGAGCAAGAAAAAGAGAGAAGAGAUAAAGAGAAAAGAGACUUCCUUGAAUCUGAAUACAAAAAAACUCUUAAAGCUCAGCAGCUAAAAGCUCAAGGAGGAGCCCCAGAAGAAGGAAACCCUGAAGAAGAUGAUGAGGAUGAGGAUGAUAGCACUUUAAUAACCGUUGCAGCCCUAUUCGGAGUGGCAGCUAUUGGAGCAGGCAUUUUCUACCUCCUGGGCAAGAAAUAA